CUCGAUUCCACCAAACCAUCAUGGAGACCAAGCCGUCGCUGCGGACGAUGGCAUCGAAUGUCCAGGCGUGCCUGGAUGAGAUGCUGCCCGAUCACUUCCGCAAUGCGGCGAGUGGAAGCUUUCAACAGCAUUUGGUGGCGCAAAAGGAAAAGGUGCCUGCACAAAAGGCCACAUGGAAGGGCGGACUCAACUACCUGUUUGAAUCGUUGAAAAUGCACCGCGAGUGGUACGGACGGAACCAACAGUAUGUGCAGCUCAAGAAAGAGGAAAAACGACUCGAAGCCCACGUCGUGACUCUGCGCAGCAUCAUCUCGUCGUCGCUCAGCACGCUCGAGUUGGAAGUCGGGCUGCGCGAAGCCGAGCUUAAGGGCCGCGUCGGUGCGUACAAAGUCAUGUUUGAAGUGUCGCGGGUCGCGUCUGCAUUGAGCCGCCCAACGGUCAAACUCCACGUACACAAGCCCGACGACUCGUCGAUCUCGGUCUUUUGCGACACCUUUGUUUUGGACAUCCAUUUAACGGGCGGCAACGGGGAUGUGCACUCUGCGUCGCUGACGACGGUCGUCAACGAAGUGACCAAGCAGUAUCCCGAGCGCGACGCGGAUCUGUUGAGCUGCCUGCUGGAGCUCAUUUCUGGCCGCAGCGAGCGCUUCACGGAAAAGUUGCGCCGCCUGGUGAAUCGAGCCGAACUCGCGGCCAAGUUUCCGUCCACCAACUUUGACGACCUCGAAGACGACUUGCAGGAGAAGCUCCAGCUCGUGUGUGCAAAGCAAAACCUGUGGACCGUGCGCCGUGGCGUUGACGGCCUGCUUCUGACGUUCCGCGACGGUCUCCAGUGCUUUCCACUGCUCGAUGGAGACGGCGCAUUGUCGCCGCCGCGGAAAAAGGCCAAACACGUCGACGAAGCCGACGGCACCGGCGACGACGCUGCCGCGCCCACGGUGACGUCGGCGCCGUGGACGGAAUGGCAAGGGUGCCUCACGUUUGCCGAGUGGAAAGGCGCGGUCGCGCUGCAUUUUGUGUGCGACACACCGCUCGUCAUGUCUGGCAUUCAGUCGCGGCGCCUGGCGAGCACAAUCUUUGGCAUUGACGACCAGGAGAUGGCGUUCAACGAGCUCGUUCAAGACAUCGUGGGGCAGCACAACACGGGAGCGACGCAUUCUGUCGUACGAUUCCAGCCCCAGCUCCGGUUUGUUCGGGAUGCCAGCACAAACGUCAUCCUGCACCGCGCGCUUCCUGUCGUCCUGGAUGGGUCGCUCGUGACCAAGGAAAUCGUGGGAGGUAUUCAAUUCGCAGCGUUUCCGAUCCCAGUACGUGCUGGUGGCGAACGUGGUCGAGUUUUACCGUUGUCUAGUUGCUUCGAGGCACGGGCGACGUGCUCGGGCAAGUCUUGGCAGUCGUGGGCCACAGCUUGUUUUUCCAUUCAGUCCUGGCGAGCUUUUUUGCAGGCGGCCCGGCGAGAAACUUGUUUGGGCGGCGCGAUCCGGCCACCGACAACAUGGCGUCGAUUCCAACCCACGUGCAAGUCCAAGUCGAAGUGUCCGCGCCAACGUCGAUCGCACUCAAGCUCUCAAGCGAUGCCAUGCCGCGCGAUGCACUCGUGGAAGUGACGACGUACGAAAACUGCACGUUGAACUUGGCGGUGCGCACAACGGCCAAAGGCGCUGCGGAGCCGACGGAAGAGACCAGCACCGACGACACCCAGCAGCUCGCCCUCGCGUGCCACUCGCUCCCUCUCCUCGUAUACUUUGUGUGCCAACCCUUCCUCCUGAGCCAUCGCGAUGCCCUGGCCGCGCCCGCGGCGGCUACGUCCCAUCGACACCACGCGGACACUGUCACCAUGGACAGCGACGACGGCGGAGGCGGUGACGGGAACGAUGACAUGGGGGCCGGCAUGUCGUUGGACGAUGGCAACGACAUCGUGCUCGACGAUGACUCGUUCUUCUGAAGACGGCAGUGCCAUCCGCCAUCAUGUUGUCCUUUAAUUCAUGCCACAAGUCGACCUGCA